AAAUUCAAAAUAGCUAUAAUAAAUUCUACAAAAGUUUAAUAAAAUAACACCGAGGCAAAUAAAUCAGGGUCAGCGCCAAUCCUGUUUUUAUAGGAAGAUAUUUGUCGCCAUCUAAUGGUGUGAUGCUCUAACAACAGCGGGAAAGUGGGUUAAACUGUAGUGACGUCAGACGCAAAAGAGCGUCGCUGUUUUUUCCUCAUCGCUCGCAGGUGUCUCUACCGGCCAUCUGGAAGGAGUUACAGACCGUACUUAGAAUGACGUUGGGAGCAGUUGCCUCUGUGAUCCUCGCCAUAGGAGGAGCCGCAGUGUUUUCUGCUCUUCAUAAGAUUGAAGAAGGACAUGUGGGUGUUUACUACAGAGGUGGAGCUCUGCUGACCACCACCAGUGGCCCUGGCUUUCAUCUGAUGCUGCCGUUCAUUACUACAUUCAAGUCCGUACAGACAACCCUACAGACAGAUGAAGUAAAGAAUGUUCCAUGCGGCACAAGUGGAGGUGUAAUGAUCUACUUUGAUUGCAUUGAGGUGGUAAACUAUCUUGUUCCCUCAGCAGUUUAUGGCAUUGUGAGAAACUUCACUGCCGACUACGACAAAGCUCUGAUUUUCAACAAGGUACACCAUGAGCUGAAUCAGUUCUGUAGUGUGCACACACUUCAGGAGGUCUACAUAGGUCUAUUCGAUCAAAUAGACGAGAAUCUUAAGCUCACGCUGCAGCAGGAUCUAACCAGCAUGGCUCCCGGGCUCAUCAUUCAGGCGGUCCGUGUCACCAAACCAAACACUCCAGAAAGCAUUCGCAGGAACUAUGAACUAAUGGAGAGUGAGAGAACGAAGUUACUGAUUGCAGCUCAGACUCAGAAGGUUGUAGAGAAGGAGGCAGAGACCGAGAGGAAAAAGGCUCUCAUCGAGGCAGAGAAGGUGGCUCAGGUGGCUGAAAUAAAAUUUGGACAGAAAGUUAUGGAAAAAGAAACAGAGAAAAAGAUCUCAGAAAUUGAAGACAGCUCUUUCCUUGCUAGGCAGAAAGCAAAAGCAGAUGCAGGGUUUUACACCGCACAGAGAGCAGCAGAGGCCAAUAAGCUGAAGCUGACCCCUGAAUAUCUCCAGCUGAUGAAAUUUAAGGCAAUAGCAGCUAAUAGUAAGAUUUACUUUGGAAGUGAGAUCCCUCACAUGUUCAUGGACUCGGGACCAGGAAGCUCCUCCUCAGCUGCCUCUAAAGCCAUAGACGCCCUCUCAGAGGGCAUACUGGAUUUGGAAUGACGAGAGAAGUUGUGUUGUAGCACUGAGGAUCAAUUACAGUUUUUCUUAAUUUGCUAAAAGACUAAAGCCCAAUCUCUGAACCAAAU